AUGCCAAACAAUACAUUUAUUUCUAAAAGCGAAAAGUCCGCUCCUGGAUUUAAGGCAGCAAAGGAUAGAGUUACACUGCUGCUAUGUUCUAAUGCAUGUGGAGAUUGUCUCAUUAAGCCACUGAUGCUUUACAGAUCGUUUAAUCCUCGGGCUUUAAAAAAUCAAAACAAGGACAACCUGCCAGUAUUUUGGCGUGCUAAUAAGAAAGCGGGCGCUUCUAAAGAUUCAGAGACAAAUUACACAACGCUCAACCUAACAACUAGAGCCAGAGCGACUAAAAUUAGAAGGGCAGUUACCGAAUCCCGCAAUCUAAGGAGUGACUUGAAACAAAAAAUCCUGGAAUCUACAGAUGAGCUCAACAAUAUUCUUAAAAAUAUCAAAGAAGGCGCUGUAGGAAAUAAGCAAUGUUUACCAUCACCAACCUUACCGACUCGCAGACUAGACGCGGAGACUGCACCAACUCCAACUGCCACUCCAUCCAUCACCAUUGACCAUAAAAUCCUGGAACACCUGAAAGAAAACAAAGAACUGAUCAAACAGCAAACUGAAGAACUAAAUAAACUUAAAAAAGAAAUUAAAACUAACAACCAAGAAAUAAAACAUAACGAAAGCGGAAAAACAAUAAUUGAGGAACUUAACAAUAUGAAUAAAAAACGAAAUAGACCAAAAGAUAAUCAAUAUAAAUUUCACUAG